AUGGCAGUCUCCAAAGAGAAGAUUACACUCUACAAUCUGGCUGACCUUAAGAACACCUCCGACGAUGCCCUCCCCAACUAUCUCAACUCUCUCAAAUUCAAUCAGUCCCAUACCCUGACCGAUGUACGACUGGGGCUUGGCUACUCAGCCUUCCUCCUCAGUGCCGCCUGCUUCCUCUGGGACUACAAAUUCGGCUUCGAGAACACAAAAUACUAUACGGCUGCCGCAGUGGUGGUCUACUCGAUACUGAACUUGGCUCUGACACUCUGGAUUUGGUUGAAAGAGGCGAAUGUUGUCUAUGUAGGAACUGCGCCUAGUGGAGAUACGAUCGAAAUAGCAACCUCUGCCAAGAAGAAUGUCCCGAUCUACAAUCUCACCAUAACGGUCACGCCCAAGUCCGGCAAGCCCCAGACGUUCACCCUCAGCCGCUCCUUCACUGAGUGGUUCGACGAGAAGGGCCACUUCGUUGCCACCCCGUUCCAGACCAUGCUCGCCUCCAAUAUCUCUACUGUGGGCCAAGCAGAUCCCAAGAGG